AAGGGUGCCUCGGGACUGUCCAUAAUUUUAGAGGGUGCCUCGGGACUGUCCAUAAUUCUAAAGGGUGCCUCGGGACUGUCCAUAAUUUUAGAGGGUGCCUCGGGACUGUCCAUAAUUUUAAAGGGUGCCUCGGGACUGUUCAUAAUUUUAGAGGGUGCCUCGGGACUGUCCAUAAUUUUAGAGGGUGCCUCGGGACUGUCCAUAAUUUUAGAGGGUGCCUCGGGACUGUCCAUAAUAUUAGAAGGGUGCCUCGGGACUGUCCAUAAUUCUAAAGGGUGCCUCGGGACUGUCCAUAAUUUUAGUGGGUGCCUCAGGACUGUCCAUAAUUCUAAAGGGUGCCUUGGGACUGUCCAUAAUUUUAGAGGGUGCCUCAGGACUGUCCAUAAUUUUAGAGGGUGCCUCGGGACUGUCCAUAAUUUUAGAAGGGUGCCUCGGGACUAUCCAUAAUUUUAGAGGGUGCCUUGGGACUGUCCAUAAUUUUAGAGGGUACCUCGGGACUGUCCAUCAUUUUAAAGGGUGCCUCGGGAGUGUCCAUAAUUUUAGAGGGUACUUCAGGACAGUCAAUAAUUUUAGAGGGUGCCUCGGGACUGUCCAUAAUUUUAGAGGGUGCCGUGACUGACAA